GUUGAUGGUUAUGUCUGAAAAGGCUAAAGUGCAAAUUGUUAAAAAUAAUGAUAAUUGAGAAGAAUACGUAAUUUUCCGAAAAGUUUAAUGAUUUUUUUAAAAUUUAUAAUUAUAAACAAGAUAAAUAAUGAUGUAAAUAUUCAAUAUUCAUUCUAAAAUUAACUUCUUGAUUAUCUGAAACCGUUUCAAGUAAUCAAAACCUUGAUGACCUCUGCGGCUUGUCGAAUAGCCGCUGGUAAUCUUGCCAGGAAAGCCAGAUUUAUUGAAUGCAACGCCCAAAGCUCCUCAGAAUAUAGAUCUAGAUCGAACUUUCACUUUUUACCAACUCACCGUAACUUGAACAGUUCAUCUCUAACAGCAGUCAAAGUAAAAGGAAAAAUGCACACCAAACUAACCCCCGAAGAACGUAACACAACCCUUGCUGCUAUUCUUGGCAAGGGUUGGAGUUUGGUAGAAAAUCGAGAUGCUAUUUACAAGGAGUUCCUAUUCAAAGAUUUCAAUCAGGCUUUUGGUUUCAUGUCCAGAGUUGCUUUGCUUGCUGAAAAAAUGGACCACCACCCUGAAUGGUUCAAUGUUUACAAUAAAGUACAAGUAACUCUGUCUUCUCAUGAUGUCAGUGGUUUGAGUGGAAGAGAUGUUAAACUGGCCAAUUUUAUGGAAGAGCUAUUCAGAGGAAUCCAACAAUAGAAUGGGUUUAUAGGUUUGAAUCUCACAAAAAAAAAUGAAAAAAACAUUUAAUAUAAUUAGGUUACAUCUAUCCAAUAUUUAUAAGAAAAAUGAUAGGUCCAUAUGUUUAUGUAUGUUUUUUAUUGUUGGCUUUACACAUUGUUUUUUUUUAUGAAUGAAAUACAAUAAGUUGAAUGAAGUGAUGAAUUAUAGUUGAAAUAGGAUUUUUAUCCCUUGCCACAAACAUAUAUUAUUCAAAAAUAUAGUGAACCCCUAUAUAUGGCAUUGAAUGUCACUACAUUAAUAUAAUCUAGUUCAUUCAAAUGAUAUUUGAAUAUAGUAAUAUCAGGUUAACAAAAAUUUUAAAAAUAAAAUCAUUCUAUAAAAUAACAGAAUGAACAAUAAAAAUACUCACAACCAUCAUUAGACUAUUGAUUGAUGGUUAAAGACAUUUAAUUUAAUUUUUAAUAGGUAUAAAAUCACAUGGAUAAUUCUCAGAUCCACAAAGUUCUAUCAGUUUCAACUAUUCUUUUGGACAGCCAUGUAAUUUUUUACCAGCUGUUGGUAAAUUCAUAAGAAUAUGUUUUGGUUGACAAUUAGUAUUACUUAUAUAUUAUUAAAAAUAUUUUUCACAUGCCAUUGGUUGUUGAUGAGACCAUUUCAUUUAUGGACAGUGUAUCAAAUUGAACUUGGCGAUAUUUGGAUUGCAAUAAAUCUCGCAAUUCUAUACUGUGACUGUAGCCCCUAGUCUCACACACUACCUUCACCU